AUGUCAGCGUUCCGAAGUGCAUCGUCACGUGAGAGAACCUCUUGGACACUUCAAGCCACUAGAUACCAGGUUCCGUCACAUACACAUCGACCUGGUUGGUCCUUGGUCGGUCAGUUGCAGAUUUACUUAUAUAUUGACCUUCAUCAACCGUUCUCCAGAUGGCCUAAAGCUAUCCUUCUCGUGAACAUUUCCGCGGAAACUGUCUGCAGAGUACUCAUCUCUGGGUGGACAUCUCGCUUCAGAGUACUCUCUAGAAUUACUACUGAUCGUGGACGCCAAUUAGAAGCUUGUCUGUUCCGUGAGCUUUCGAGAUUGCUCGGAGUUCAGCACAUCCGCACCACCAGUUACCAUCCCGUCGCAAAUGGAAUAGUGAAAAGAUUCCACCGACAGCUCGAAGCCGCUAUUUGCACAGUUCCUGACCCUCAUCGUUGGUCCGAGUUUCUCCCCAUUGUUCUGCUAGGGUGCCGCUCAGCUGUCAAUGAGGACUUAGGCUAUUCCUCCGCUGAGUUCCUGUAUGGCACCACCUGCACAAAUGUUGGUGCCUAUCGACUUACCGAAUGUGGACCCCACAUCUUACGUCACGCGACUCUGGUCAUUCUUUGCCGACCUGUCACUAAUGCUUCCUCGUGA